AUGGCACCCAAGAAGGACAAAGUCCCUCCUCCGUCCUCUAAACCCGCCAAAUCCGGUGGUGGCAAACAGAAAAAGAAGAAGUGGAGCAAAGGAAAGCAAAAGGAGAAAGUGAAUAACAUGGUUUUGUUCGACCAAGCAACUUACGACAAACUUCUCUCUGAGGCUCCUAAGUUCAAACUAAUCACUCCUUCUAUUGUCUCCGACCGUUUGAGGAUCAAUGGAUCACUUGCUCGGAGGGCGAUCAGAGAAUUGAUGGCUAAGGGAACGAUAAGGAUGGUCUCUGCUCACUCAAGCCAGCAGAUUUACACUAGGGCAACCCACAGCUAG